GCGUCCGCCAUCUCUGCCCUCACGGAGCCGACGUGGUUCAAGGGCAGCCUCCUCGGCAUGGGCCUCGCCUGGCAGGCCGCCGACGCGCUCGCCGAGCGCCCCGCCAUCCUCCGCAAGGACUGCAUCUUCGACGAGUACCAGAUCGCGGAGACCCGCCUCCACGGCGCGGACACCGCCCUGCUCAUCGCCGCCAUGCGCGCAGAGCCGCGCCUCCGCGAGCACUAUGCGCACGCGAAGAGGCUGGGGAUGGAGCCGCUCGUGGAGGUGACCAACACCGCGGAGAUGGGCGCCGCGCUGGUGCACGGCGCCCGCGUCGUCGGCGCGAACCACCGCAACCUCCACGACUUCAACAACGACAUGGCCACGACGAGCCGCCUCGCCGAGAUGGUCGCCGGCGCGGAGGUCGUGCUCUGCGCGCCCAGCGGCAUCGCCGGCCCCAACGGCGCCCGCGCGUACCUCGGCCAGGGCGUCGGCGCCGCCCUCGUCGGCGAGAGCCUCAUGCGCACCAAGGGCACCCGUGCGUUCAUC